AUGUGCAGCAAGGAUCAGAUCACUCACAUCCUCGGGAAGAUCAAUGUGGGCCUCCCGUCUUGGUCGCGCAGCGUGGAGGUCGCGGAGGCGGCUCGCGCGCGCCUCGUGCGCUGGGCAUGCGGCGAGCCCCCCGCCGAGCUCGAGCCGCCCAGGAAGAAGAUGCCGCACGCUCUGCGCCGCCGCUGGCCGCUCUGUCCCUGCUUCCAGAAUGACGAGCCCCCGGAGAUCACAUACUGUGUGGUGGGCGGCGAGGGCGGCCUGGCGCUGCAGGCUGUCACCCCAACACACCCGAUGCCGCCGCAGGAUGAGCUGGAUGCCAAAUUCGCGGAGCUGGUGGAGGAGCUGGACCUGACGGCAGUGAACAAGGCAGCCAUGAUGGAACUGCCAGCGGCGAAGAAAUGGCAGAUCUACUGCAGCCGCAGGCCGCCACCAGGGGCCCCUCCACUCGCGAGUGCGCCACAAGUCGAGGAGUAUAUCAAAGCUCUUAACGAGAUCGCUAACGCCUUUUCUUCCGCCGAAGGCGUCCCUCCAGCUGAGGCCUGUGCACUGGUUGAUGGAUUAAAAACGGCUCUGCGAACAAGAGCGCACAGCUUUGUACUUCGUUUCAUCCAACAGGGCGGUCUCACAUCCUUACUGGAGGCUCUGCAAAGAGCCCCGAGGGAUGAUGCUGUCACCAGACACAAUCUCAUUGCCGCCAUAAAGGCUCUGAUGAACAACUCCACCGGCCGAGCACACGUGUUGGCACACCCUACAAGCAUCGACCUGAUAGCUCAAUCUUUGGACACGGAGAAUGUGAAGACCAAAGUUGCAGCCCUCGAGAUAUUGGGCGCUGUUUGUCUUGUACCCGGGGGACAUAAAAAGGUGUUGGAAGCAAUGGUCCACUAUCAAAAAUAUGCGGGUGAGCGUGCCCGUUUCCAGGGCAUCGUUAACGAACUGGACCGUAGCACGGGCGCAUACCGGGACGACUUAGGACUCAAGACCGCCAUAUUGUCAUUCGUCAAUGCAGUGUUGAAUUACGGCCCUGGCGAGGAUAGUCUUGAGUUCCGUCUGCAUUUGCGAUACGAGCUGCUUAUGUUGGGAAUACAGCCUGUUAUCGAAAAGCUGCGCAAAUACGAAAAUGAGACCCUCGACCGUCACAUCGAAUUCUUCGAGAUGGUGCGCAACGAGGACGAGCGCGAGCUGGCGCGGCGCUUCGACAAGCAGCACGUGGACAGCAAGAGCGCGGCCGCCAUGUUCGAGCUGCUGCGCCGCAAGCUCACGCACACCGCCGCCUACCCGCACCUGCUGUCGCUGCUGCAGCACAUGCUGCUGCUUCCGCUGGAGUACAGCCCGCACUCGCAACACUGGCUGCUGCUGGACCGCGUGGCGCAGCAGCUCGUGCUGCAGCAGGCCGCGCCCACCAGCCGCGCCGCCAGCGACCGCGGCAGCCUCAGCGACGAGCAAGCCGACUCGCACACCCUGUACCCCACAGCAGCCGACUCGCACAAGGUACCGCAACCCUACGUACGAGUAGGUGUAAGUGUGCAGUGCAUUACGCUUGAGGACCGCGGCGACUUCAGCGACAAGCAAGCCGACUCGCACAAGGUAUCGCAACCCUACGUACGAGUAGAUGUAAGUGUGCAGUGCAGUACGCUGGCGGUUGCUGGACCGCGUGGCGAAUCAGCUCGUGCUGCAGCAGGCCACGCCCGCCAGCCGCGCCGCCAGCGUCCGCGGCAGCCUCAGCGACGAGCAAGCCGACUCGCACAAGUACGCUGGCUGCUACUUGACCGCGUGGCGCAGCAGCUCUUGUUGCAGCAGGCCGCGCCAGUCAGCUGCGCCGCCAGUGACCGCGGCAGCCUCAGCGACGAGCAAGCCGACUCGCACAAGGUCUAUGAUCCCGACAUUGCCCCUCUGGAAAUCAACGUGGGUGAAAUCGUUCAUCUCUUGGCGAAGGAAGAGGAACUUGUUGCUGCGCGAACAAAAGCAGAAAACCUGGAGAGGGAGAAUGUUGAUUUGGCGACCGAGUUGGCUAAAAAGGAGAAGCAACUGGACGAGCAGACUCAAGAGAGGGAAGAGUUGGAGGGAGUCGUCAACAGACUGAAGGAAAGGCUGGAGAGGGAGACGGCCACACACAUGGAAUGCAAGGAGAGGGCGCAUCAGCUGGAGCAACAGGUAACCGAGGGAAUGUGGAACGCUGAGAAGAAAAGCUACGAGCUGAGUCACGAGAGGGCUGAAAGAUCCAGGUUCGAGAAACUAGUCAGUGAGGGCAGUAUACCGGAUGAUGCCAAGGUGAGCAACUUGAAGAGUGCGGUCAUAGAGUGGUGCGGCGCGCCGCCACCGCCACCGCCUCCGAGUUGUCGUGCCGCGCCUCCCCCACCCGCACCCCCCGCGCCUCCCCCACCCGCAGCCCCCGUGCCCGCCCCUCCACCAACACCUCGCCCCAAGAAAAACGUCCCCACGCCCGGGAACCCCCUCAAGAGCUUCAACUGGAGCAAGCUGCCCGACGCUAAGCUGCACGGCACCAUAUGGCAGGAGCUCGACGACACGCGCCUUUACUCGGCCAUCGAUUUGCACACGAUCGACAGGAUGUUCUGCGCGUAUCAGAAGAACGGCGUUCAUAAUGAUGGUUCAGUUGAAGAUCUAAGGCAAACGGGUUCGAAACCUAGAACUAAAAUCCUUACCGUGAUCGACGGUCGACGUGCUCAAAACUGUACGAUACUACUAUCCAAGCUUAAGAUGACUGACGAAGAAAUUUGUCGAGCGAUCUUGCGUAUGGAUAAGGACGAACAGCUGCCAAUCGAUAUGGUCGAACAGUUAUUGAAAUUCACACCGAGCGCUGAGGAAGCGGCGUUGUUGGAAGAACAUCAAGACGAGCUGGAAAAUAUGGCGCGUGCUGACCGUUUCCUUUACGAAAUUUCCAAAAUACCCCACUACUCGGAACGUGUCCGCACGCUGCUAUUCAAGAAGAAGUUCGCGGGCGCCGCGGCCGAGGCCACGAGCCGCGCCUCCGUCGUACUGCGCGCCGCGCGUGACAUGACGCGCUCGCGCAGGCUGCGCGCCUUACUGGAAAUCGUACUGGCCCUGGGGAACUACAUGAAUCGCGGUGCUCGCGGCAAUGCGUCCGGCUUCAGAUUAACGUCGCUCAACAAACUGGCCGACACCAAGUCCAGUGUAACUCGAAACACAACGCUGCUACAUUUUCUAGUCGAGUUGCUGGAGACACAGUUCAAGGACGUGCUGCUGCUGGAGGAGGACCUGCCACAUGUGCGCGCUGCCGCCAAGGUGUGCGCAGAGCAGCUGGAGCGCGACGUGGCGGCGCUGCGCGGCGGCCUGCGUGAGGUGGCGCGCGAGCUGGAGUACCUGGCGCCGCGCGCGCCGCACCCGCACGAUGCCUUCCUGCCCGUCAUGCGCGACUUCCACGCGCACGCCGGCUGCGCUGUCACGCAGCUUGAGGACCUGUUCCAGGACAUGAAGAGCCGUUUAGAAGCGUGCGCGCACGCGUUCGGCGAGGAGCCGAGCACUUCGCCCGAGCAACUGUUCGGUGCGAUGGACGCGUUCCUCACGCAGCUGGCCGAGGCGCGCGCCGAGUGCGACGCGGCGCGCCGGCGCAGGGACGAGGAGGAGCGCAGGACCAGGCACGAGCAGGAGUUAAAGAAACGUACAAUGGAGCGUAAACAAGCAUCAAGUCUACUAAGUUCCGUUGGAAAAUCUCUAGGGAAAGCAAAUAAUGCCACGGACUGCAAUGGCCAUCAAAAUGGCGACGGCUCCCGUGACGGGACACUAACGAACGGACAGAAAGGCGAAUUUGACGACCUCAUAUCCGCGUUGCGGACGGGCGAUGUAUUUGGUGACGAUGUUGCCAAGUUUAAAAGGUCCCGAAAAGCUUCCAAAGCUUCCCACAAAGGACGAGACUCCCCACCGAGAGGAGUGUGCAGAGAGGACUCGAGGGAGAGACAGAAGAAUUGA